AUGGUUAAGCAUAACAACGUUGUGCCCAAUGGGCACUUCAAGAAACACUGGCAAAACUAUGUCAAGACAUGGUUUAACCAACCAGCCCGAAAGACCCGCAGACGCAUUGCUCGUCAGAAGAAGGCGGUCAAAAUCUUUCCUCGGCCUACAGCUGGACCUCUUCGACCCAUUGUGCAUGGCCAGACUUUGAAGUAUAAUAUGAAAGUGAGAGCUGGUAGAGGGUUUUCUCUUGAAGAACUCAAGGCCGCUGGUAUUCCAAAGAAACUUGCUCCUACAAUAGGAAUUGCAGUUGAUCACCGUCGCAGGAAUCGCUCUCUGGAGGGUCUCCAAACUAACGUUCAGAGGCUGAAAACAUACAAGGCCAAAUUGGUUGUCUUCCCAAGACGUGCUCGCAAGCCCAAGGCUGGUGAUUCUGCUCCCGAGGAACUGGCAACUGCUACCCAAGUACAAGGACAGUUUAUGCCUAUUGCACGUGAGAAGCCAUCCGUGGAGCUUGUGAAGGUCACUGAAGAGAUGAAGUCAUUCAAGGCUUAUGACAAGCUCCGUGUGGAGCGAACGAAUGCACGCCAUGUUGGUGUCAGGCUGAAGAGGGCUGCAGAAGCCGAGAAAGAAGGGAAGAAGUAG